AUGACAAAAAUUGAUUACAAGAUAGAAAAAGAGAGCAAAGAAGCCAACCUUCUCAACUGGAUCAACCUUUGCUCCUCCUCCACUAUUGAGGACAUUCAGCAGCUUUCAGAACCUACCCUACUUGCCACAGUGAUAGAAAGCUUAUUCAACAUUCAAAUAGAGAAAAGGGGCAGCAUACAAGACAUUGUCAGUUAUGUGGGUACCUUUGAAAAUAACGAUGAUCAGGAUAUAUUGGCUCUCCUAGACUUUAUUAAAACACUUUAUGAAAUUCACCUUGUCAAUUAUACCAUUUUGAAGAACAAUCAAUUGACAUUUACAGCGUUUUUUCAUCAAUUUAUACCCAACACCAAUCAACACGAAAAAAUAGAUAUUAGAAAUUAUUUACUUUCAUGGGCAUCUUUUGUAUUGUCUGACUAUAUCAACGCGUCUAUUUUACCAGCCAUUCUUGAUUUACCAACCAUGUACAGUAAUGGGAUUUAUUUACUAUCUAUUUUGCACUAUCACCAGCCUGCUUUGAUACCAAAUUUACAUUUAUACCUUCAAGAACCACAGGCACUUGAUAUUGCCAUCAAACUGACCUGGGAAAUUUAUCAUAUACCCACAUCACUUUUCACACAAGACACGGCCUAUAUCUAUUUACUUCGGUUGAUUGGUUCACUUCAAGUACCCAAUAAUGACCAGGUAGUCCAACGUCAUAAAGACAUUGAACGUUUCAAAAAUUUAAUUAAAUCAACAAAUGAUGCAGCACCUACGCCCACUCCUAUUUUCACGGAUGCCGAUCCCCCGCUUGAAUCUCCUCAGGAACAAGAACAGCAGAACAGUACGACAUUCACCUCAACUUACACGCUCCAGCAACUUAAAAUUACAAAGACCACAAUCACAAAAUACAGUGAUGGAACAGAGGUUCCGACUGAACUAGAGGAGUUUGAAUCCCGUGCUUCUGCACUGGCGGAAAAAAUGAAUGGGCUCCAGCACCGUUUAAUGAUGAUUGUACCCACUCGUGCCUCUACUUAUUCCCCAUCUUCGGUGACUUCCGACAGUAUCAUGGACUUUUUUUUAACCGACGAUAACACCACGGCUUCUUCGUUAAGAGAUAACAGUAGUCAUCACAGCUUGGCUAGUAAUGAUGAAGCACUUCAAAUGAUCCAACAACAACAACAGCAGCUGAUACGAGUAUUGCAUCCUUUGCAAGCUGCUGAAGAAGACUAUGCUGCGUAUGAUCGGAACUUUAAAUCCCUUCAGUCUGAAUUCCAGACGCUCACCGAUGGUGAUCUGCAUUUAUUGCUCCAUGUGUAUAUUAUAGAGCAACUAGAGCCUACUUGGCAAGAUCACCCUAAAGUUACCUGGCGCAAAAAUCAGAUAGAACAACUCCACCAGUCACUUUCAUCAGAGUUUGAACGGUCUGAAUUCACCUUGUCUAAUUUUAGACGAGGCUUUGCCUUUGCUCGCAUGUGUGCUUCAAUUCGUCAUGAGCUUGAACUGGUGCAGAAUAAAAUGGUCAAAUCUAUUGCGACACACCAUGAUAUUCAAGACCUCGAGAUACGUACGGAAAAGACAACAGAUAUGGUGAGCACAUUGAAAUCAAACUUUAACGAUUUGUUGCUCUUGGCUUCUGAUAGUCAACCACAAGAUACAGCCUAUCUUGCUAAAUACGAAUCCAUUGAAAAUAAAAACGAACUUGUCAGAGGUUGGGUAGAAGAAGUACGUGUUUGGUUUGCAGAAGCAGAACGUAUUCGUCAAUGGAUUGAAAUUCGGAUGGAUCAGCUCAACAACACAGUGAUUCCUGAGCCCUUGUUGCUCUCGUUAUCUGUCUCUCGUCAACAGGUUCAAGAGUUAAAUGCAACACACUCAAUACUGGAAAAAGAGAUAGAGACAUUCAAUAAAGAAGACAUGGAGCGUCUUCGGUCGCAUGUCAAGACACUCACAGUCUCAGAUAGACAAGACAAAGACUUGAGUCCUGCAGAUACAACCACGAUUGGCAUUACGUUGACAACACUGAACACGCUUGAUAAACUUAUGAAUUCGCUGCGUAAAAAGAGUUUUGAUCUCCAAGUAUUGACAAAGCGUGUUGAUUGGGAAGAAGAGUAUGUCAAGUCAAUGGUCUGGCUUAAAGAAACAGACGAGGAAACAGACACUUUCUUGAAAGAGACGGCGCGAUGGAGACCAGCAGAAGCUCAAAAUGAUGGUCAGGAUAAGCGAGAGUGGCUCCUGAAUAAAGAAAAGCAGAAAGGCCUUGUGGCUCAACAACUCUACAAGUUAGAGGAGAAUCGAGUCAAGUUUGAUAAACAACAGUUCACACCUACCGUCAAAACCUUUGAAGACUUGGCCAGUACAUGCAUCGAAUUGCCAGAUCAUUUUGAGUCAAGACAGUCUGCUUGCGAACAACAGUUCGAAGACCUUAUUAAACGAAUCGAGUUUGCACGCAGUGUGGUGGAACAACGUCUGAGUGUCAUGGACUUCCUUUAUCAGACAGACACUGUCAUGGACGAUGGAAAAGCACUCGAGCUUGAAAUAGCAGAGGCAGAAACAAAAGUGCGUUCAGGCGAUAACGAUCAAGAAGUGUUUUUGCAUGUCGAGAAUAUGGACAAAAAAAUUGCUCAUCUUUUGACGGUAACAGCCCGCGCCAUUCCUUUCCCUGUUCCAGCAUUAGAUCUAGACAAACCAGAAAAUGCAGUAGCCAAUGACGAGAUCAACAAUGUGGUUACUGAAAAGUGUAAUUUGCUUUUGUCUUUACGGGAUGCGUUAUUUGAACGCCUUGCUUCGUAUCGUUAUGUUUUGCAAUUACACCGCCAAGCGAAAGAAUAUUUGAGCGAUGCUGCUCGUUUAUGUGAAUGGGCAGAUGAACGGAUCAAGGCAGUACGCCGCGCUAAACUCGACAUGCAAGAUGUGCUUGGCAGUUCAUUUACAGCAGAAGACCUGCAACGCUUGGAACGAGAUCGAAUCAAUGUGUUGAACAAGUUGGAAAAUGGCAAAGAGAAGCAAGUGAUUGAUCUAGUACUUGACAUCCAGACAUUGCUGGAAACAACCGAGCCUCUAAACAUGCCAUCGUUUGACAGGGACAGUCUUUCAGAUGUAUCAUUACAGCUACAAGAACAUUUUGAUCGUUUGCAACAGAUAUUAAAAGAGCAUGGAUCUGAUUUGGAGACGAUGCGAAAAAAGAUGGAAGAUGGCAAUAAUUACUUUGAAAAUGCUCGGUUACUUCGUUCUUUCAUCAAUGAAACUCGACAUUCCAUGCCUGGCUUAAAGCAAACGUGUGGUUUUAUGACAGGGCAAUCUGAAGAACAAGACAAACGUCGAUUUGAAAUGUUAAACCAAGCCUUGGUCAAAAUCAACCACAGUUACAAAGAUCAACAGAUUCAUUUUGCUCAACUCAGUUCACAUUAUAGUGUGAUGGAGCCAAGUAAGAUUGAAAAUAUUGAUGAAAUCCGCGCUAUGCAAACCAAUCUUCAGCAAGACUGGAACCAAUUGGGCAAUGAAAUUCGAGACUUGUCACAAUUUACUCAAGUUGUAGGUGAAUGGUAUAAUCGUCAAAGAAGGCUGAGCAUGGUUGACAAUGACAUCCUCGCAGGCCUCAAUGAGGAAAUCACACGCUUGGCUAAGUCGGGCUGGACAGAUGCUGAUUUACAAGCAGUGCAAGACAAGAUUGAUCGGGCCUCCACUGUUUUGGAAGAAACGGGUAGUGUCAUUCAUGCUGCUGAUAAUAAGGAAGACCCUCUUCAGACUGCCAAUUACUCUUGUGCCCGAGAUAGACAUGCUCAAUUGAAGAAUAAGGUGCUUACUGCCUCUAAAAACCUAAACGCACUCAAGUCCAAUGCCAACAAAGCUAUUGCUUUCAGUACUUUCCUGAGCGAGACAGACAAGGUCUUGAGUCAAGUACAACAACAAAAGGAAUUGGUCGGCCGUCGUAUGUCUGCUGUAGGCAAUAGCGGGUUCUCUUCUCAAGACAUGGGUUCAAUUGAUGCUAUGUUUAAAAGCAUACAGUCGGCUACGCUUUAUUCUGAAAGAGGUGUUCAAUCUUUUGCAAAACAACUCGAUGUACUGGCCAAAAAAGCACAAGAAUUAUGUGGAGAAGGGUAUGAUGCUAGUUCUGUUCAGGAUCCCAUCAAGCGUAUUCGUGAUAGUCUAAACCAACUUUCCAAUACCAUUGGUCUUGAAAAGAAGCAAGCCAUGUUCAUUCGCAAGAUUUAUGUUCAUGCUAAAGGUGCUAAUGACUUACAGACCUGGAUGGAUCAUUGCUCGAAUGCUAUUGCUCAGCUUCCCACAGAUGUUUGUAUGCACGAUGAACAAGAAUUACGAGAUGAAUUGGACAGUAUUGAACAAAGGAUGGUUGAAAUGAGACCUACAUUUCAGACAUUUGAGACCAUGGAAGCCCGUAUUCUGUUGGCAAAGGACGGUUCUCCUCUAGACUUGUGCGAAAUCAGCUUGGACCGUGAUGAAAUUAAGGAUGCUGUAAGAGAACGUCAAGAGCUCAUCAUGAAGGAUUGGGAAGCACUCAGGAAACAACAUGCUGAGGCUCGUGCUUUGCUGGACAGUUCCAAAAAGAAUGUUGAGAUUGCCCGUAAAGUCAAAUCAAUCAUGACUCAAGUAGGUGAUAUGAAAGACCGUGUCAGUGCUGUUCGUAUCUGCAAAGCACCUUUAGACGAAGGUAUUGAAAAUCGUGAUUUGGCCAAUGUGCUCAGUUGUCCUUUGUCUUCUAUCCCUGGAGAGCACAGACUUGCUUCUGCCAAAGCUGAAUUAAACAUUCUUGAUCGUGACUUGGAAGCUAAUUUGGUUCCAUCUAUUCAAGAAUUGGAUCGUAUGCUUAAUGUACUCGAGGAUGAAAAUGGAAAGGAUAUCUUUUCUGGCCAACGUACUGAAAUCACCAUUGCUAUGCGAGGCUUGACUGAUUUGAUCAAGACGAAGCGCAAGGCCAUUGCAGAAGCAGAAAAGAUGGAAGGGUUUUUGACUGCGAUUGAAGAAUUGGAAGUUCUUUUGCUUGCUAUGGGUGAAGUUGUGGCUCGCGCUGCUCCCGAGAAUGCUCGUGUCGUUGACGGAAACUAUAGUCGUACUGAUCUUCAGGCUUUGCUGAUUGAUUUAGAUACUCGCUAUCGCUACUAUGAACCCAAGAUUGAUGAGCUUUUUGAUGAAGCCAGAGAAGUAUCCUUGCGACUCAUGGAUGAUCCUCGUGUGGUAAAAUGUCUCAAGCAAUUGACUGAAAAAUGGGAUCGACUACAAGCAGAAGCAGCUGCUAAAAAACAAGACCUUAUGGCUCGUAUUGGUCCUCUUGCUGAUACAUUUGACUCUUUGAACUUGACAGAGGGAUUGCUUCAAGAAAGAGGAAGAAAGGCUGCUACAUUGGCUAAACGCAAAUCCAAUCCUGUCCUAAGACAAGCACCUAGUCCUCAAUCAAAUCCAUCUACUCGUAUUGGUACCAAAGCGAAGCGCAACACAACAACGCCAGUUCCUUUUGCACUUUCAGCCACUGCUGCUCGUGCCAAUGCUCGAAAAUCCCCUGGUGCCACUUCUCCGACAGCUAAAAGAUUGAGUGGAGGUCGUCUUUCACAACGUUCCCGUGCCAAAACACCCGAGACUUAUGUUGCUGACCCUCAAAAUGAUCUGGAUGUAGCUGUUGGUGAUAUUGUGAACGAUUCGCCCUACAAGAUUUUUGUAAAGAUGGUACCAGGCGAAGUGGGCAAAUACUGGUUUGGUGAAGUAAAUCCCAAGUUGGCUUAUUGCCGUAUCUUAAGAAGUCGUAUGGUGAUGGUACGUGUGGGCGGUGGCUGGGUCGAACUCUCUCAAUUUUUGAGAGAUCAUGCACUUUUGGAGGGAGGUAAUUUUGUUUCUGGUAGACAUUCAAGAGCUUCCAUGCUUCCUACACCUACAGGUGUUACUCGAGAUGGGUUCCUGAACACUGUCUCUGGUAGAAUGACACCUCAUAUCAACCGCGCCAAUCAAGCAGUCUCUAUUCGUGGCGGUGGUGGUACACCUGUGCCUGUCUUAAGAGAAUCUAAAUCAACGCCUUAUCGUGGUAUUUCUCAAGUACCCUAUACGCAUGGUAUCAAGGCCGGAAACAAGUUUUUGAUUGCUGUAGACGGAGAGGGUAAUCGUGUUGAGGUAAAGAUGACCAAAGCAACCAACAAAGAUACCAAAUUCAUUACGCCUCGACGUUUAAAUAUCUAA